GCGAUUCCACCCAAAGUCGAGGACACUUUUAAGCUAUACUGUUACGUGCCAUACACCACCCUCACCCAUGCUACUCAUUCCAAAGCCUUCCUUCAUGGAGAAGACUCAUCCUUUGUAUUCACUUCCGAUGGGCUCACAGCCAAGGGCCUAGACUGUUCGAAUGAACUUUUUAUCUCCACUGUCAACUGGAUUGCAGCAGCGAAAGCAGUGGAGGAAAGAACCUCGCACUAUUGGGGUUCUGAGAGAGGAGCAGCACUGGUGUUGCAUCACCUUGUUUGUUUUCAUUGUGGGAUGUCCGGCCAUUUACCUGCAGACUGCACGUCCGAAACCACAACUGCAGGCAAGCCCAUCGCAGCCCUCGCCACUGGCACUAGAAGCAAACACGCCCUUGCCUCUCCCAGCAGAAAACAUUUCUGUUUUAACUGGGCUAUCUGGGGCACAUUCAACGAAACUGCCACUCUGAUCCUAUCCUUACCUCCUGGCUGCGUUGCUGCAACCUUUGACAUCUCAUCUGCAUACCGCAUAAUCCCCGUUUUGCCAUCUCAGCAGAGCUCCCUCUGCAUAUUCUGGAAUGGUAUUGUUUACAUCGAUCAAGCG